ACUUCAGAUCGCACUUCAAAGUACACUUCAGUGAUUUAUUCUCAAAAAUCUUCACAACUUUUCUUCCAUCUCCUUUCUUUGGCUUUAAUUAUACGAAGCAAUUAUGUCAAGAGUGGGUGUAAUGGUCUUAGGGCCUGCCGGUGUUGGAAAGAGCACAUUCUGUUCCUCGCUAUUGAAUCACAUUCAAAGUGUAGGCCGACGAGCACAUCUUGUUAAUCUGGAUCCGGCGGCAGAACCAGGAGAAUAUGAAUUCACAGUCGAUAUCCGAGACCUGAUCUCGCUGGAAGAUGUUAUGCAGGAAAUGUCGUUUGGACCAAACGGUGGUCUGUUGUAUUGUUUUGAGUUUUUGAUGAAUCAUCUCGACUGGCUGGAUGAAGAAAUCGGAGAUUAUGAAGAUGAGUUCUUAAUUUUUGACUGCCCAGGACAAAUCGAGCUUUACACACACAUCCCAGUCCUACCUACGCUAGCAAAACACCUCACGCAAAAUCUCGGCUUCUCACUCUGCGCCUCCUAUCUACUUGAAGCCCCCUUCGUGAUUGACCGACCCAAAUUCUUCUCUGGUGUAAUGAGCGCAAUGUCAGCAAUGAUCCUUCUUGAACUCCCGCACAUCAACAUUCUCAGCAAACUUGAUUUGAUCAAAGACGAUAUGUCAAAGCAGCAGAUAAAAUCAUUUCUGAGUCCAGAUGCCACACUCCUGUCGGGCAUCAACUCGAGCACGAAUUCAAAAUUCUACGAUCUCAAUCGGGCGCUAGUCGAGCUUAUCGAUGAUUUCGGAAUGGUUCAAUUUUUGCCUCUAGAUUCUACAAACUCAGAUUCAGUCGCGAUGAUCUUGAGUUAUAUCGACGAUAUCACACAGUGGGCUGAGGCGCAGGAGCCGAAAGAACCGAAGGAUGAGGCGUUUGAGGAAGGCGAUGAACAGGAUGAUCCUGCGGGUGAUUUAAUUGCACAGCUUAUAAAUCAGGGAUAGAUUAUAAA